CGCCAUCGCUCUGCGAACCGCCGACCAUCGGGGCUGCCGGCUGAGGCUCCUGCCGCCUCCAUGCUGUCCCCGGAGGGUUUGGUGGCCGCAGCCGCGGUGCUCGUGGGGCUGGGCCUUCUAGCUUGGUGCCUUUGGGCAGGGAGGCUGGAGGUGCCUGGAGACGUGGGAGAGGAGGAGGAGGAGGAGGAGGGGAUACCCUUCAUGGCCGAGGAGGGCUCAGGGCACUGCCGGCUGCUGUGCAAGCCCUCGGCUCUGGCCCAGCACCUGGUGCGGAGCUUGGGGCGGUCAGCGGCGCUGCGGGGGGGACACUGGCAGUGGCCGUGCUGGCCCCAGCUCCAGAUGCUGUGGCAGCUCCUGCAGCCACCUGAGCCGGAGCCGGUGGUGGCUCGUGAGCUCCUGCAGCUGUCUGAUGCUGGGCUGGUGGCCCUGGACUGGCUGGUGGGGCCGUGGGGGGCUGCGGGUGGCGGGGGGGUGGUCUCCAGCCCUGUGCUGCUGCUCAUCCCCAACGCUGCUGGGAAGGUGACGGGGGGGCUGCUGCAGCUGGGGCUGCGGGCGCUGGAGCGGGGCUUCAUCCCCGUCAUCUUCAACCGCCGGGGCCACAACGGCUGCCCCCUCACCACCCCCCGGCUCCAGCCCUUCGGGGAUCCCGGGGACUUGCGGGAGGCUGUGACUUACCUGCGGUGCCGGCACCCCUCUGCCUCUCUGCUGGCCGUCAGCGAGGGCUCGGGCUCGGGGCUGCUGCUCGCCUACCUGGGCGAGAGCGGCUCCUCCAGCCGCCUGGCCGCUGCUGCCUGCCUCUCCCCCAUCUUCCGUGGCCGGGACUGGUUUGAGGCCAGCAUGCCCUGGCUUUACGAGUGGCCGCUGCUCCUCCAUCUCAAGCAGGGAUUGAGCAGGUACGCGGGGGCUCUGGCUGAGGUGGUGGACACGGACAGGCUCCUGGGCAGCCGCUCGCUGCGGGAGCUGGAGGAAACCCUCUUCUGCCGGACCCGGAGCCGCCCCAGCAGCUGGGAGAGCUACUGGGAGCGCAACGAGCCCCUGCGCGACGCGGACGAGGCGGCGGUGCCGGUGCUGUGCCUCUGCAGCGCCGAUGACCCCGUGCGUGGCGCCCCGGCCCGCAGCCUGCCCCGGGAGCUCUUCCGCAGCAGCCCCUACUUCUUCCUGCUGCUGACCCCGCUCGGGGGGCACUGCGGCUUCCCCCGCCGGGGGCCGGGGCGCUGCUGGGCCCACGAGGCCGUGCUGGAGUAUUUCAGGGCCAUGGCCGAGUUCCUGCGGAUGGAGGAGAGGAGGAAGGGGCUGCCGCGGCCCCGCAGGUGUGGGGGUCCCCCAGCUGAGCCCCCCGUGUUCACCUGGCAGAGGUCCUACACGCGGUAGCCCCCCUAGGGCAGGGUCUCACAAAGG